AGGGGGUAGGCGGGGGCAUUUAAAUGAUGGGACGUGAGGUGUACCUUUCUCUCAUUCUCUUUUGUGGUUGUGAAUACAUAGUGAAAUUUUCCCCUCUCCUCCACCACCUUAAAACUUCAUAAGAGUAUCGUGUGAUAAGCAUAUAGCUAGCUAGUACAAGCAUUACUAUCUACUGGUCGUGUAAAUAUGAGUUAUGUAGGUGUUGGUGUGAGUCCUGGGAAUGUUCCUGUAUAUCAUGGAACCGAUUUGAGGGCGGUUGAGCGGAAAGUGAGGCUUGCUGAGUUGAUAUUAAGGUCUGUUACUUGUGUUCUUGCUCUUGCUUCUGUUCUUCUUAUUACUACAGAUUCUCAGGUUCAAGACAUCUUUACAAUCAAGAAAAAAGCGAAAUUUACAGACAUGAAAUCUCUUGUGUUUUUGGUGGUGGUGAAUGGGAUGGCUGCAGCCUACUCAUUGGUACAAGUAUUGAGAUGUGGUUUGAGUAUGGUUAGGGGAAGUGUGCUCUUGAGCAAGACCUUGGCUUGGCUUAUUUUAUCUGGUGAUCAGCUUUUGUCUUACAUGAUGUUAGCAGCACUAGGAGCCGCAUUACAAUCAUCGAUAUUUGCUAAAUUUUCAGAACCUGAGCUAGAAUGGAUGAAGCUCUGCGAUAUGUAUGGGAAAUUUUGUAAACAAAGUGGAGAAGGAAUAGCGAGCUCUGUGGUUGCUUGUUUGAGCAUGGUGAUCGUUUCUGGUUUAUCUGCUUUUGGCCUCUUCCGGUUGUAUGGUGGAAAUAAAGGAACCAAAAUUAGUGCAGGGUGGUAACAACCUUUAGCUUUCAUAUCCGGUGUACUAGGGUUUAGCCGCUUUGAGACUAGUAUGGUGUAUAGCCUAUCAUUUCAGUUCGGUAAGGGGGUUUAGCCUCUGCCUCCAUUUACAAACAUAUAUUUGCAAUAUAUUUCUAAGCCUACCUCAUGCUUUAAGCUUAUAAUAGAAAUUAGUAUAAAGAGGUUUGUUGUGGUAAAUUGACUUCAUGUAUGCAGGGUCUAAAGCAUGAUAAUCUUGACGUUGAACGUCACAAUUA